ACGUCGUGGACUGUGGAGUUCAUUGAAUGUGUUUAAAUUAUUUUAUACAAAAAAGAUUAGUUUCACUAGGUGAAUAUUUAAAGAGAAUGGGUCGUAAAAAUCGCAAUGUUAAUAAAUUCGCUCAACGAAAGAGAGAACGUAAAGAACAGGCAAGUAAUCCUAACGAAAAGCCAGAAGGCGAUACGAGGAGACCAUAUGAAGAUAUAGUGCGUGAAAAUGCAACAUUUGAAGAAUAUUACAAGAAACAAAAAGUCUGCCCAGAAGAUGAAUGGGAGGAAUUCAUGAAAUCUAUUAAAUCAAAUCUACCGACAGCAUUUAGGAUAACAGGUUCAAAGUCUGAGGCAGAUGCACUUCUAAAUAUAGUGAAGAGUGAAUAUUUCUCAGAGAUACUUAACACGAAACUGAAGGUGGAAGGGAAGGAGGAUGAGGAAGAAAUAAAACCAAUUAAUUUGCCUUGGUACCCAGGUGGCCUUGCUUGGCAGUUACGUCUUUCACGAAUGGAUAUUCGUCGCAGUGAACCACUGUACCGUCUACAUAACUUUCUUGUAGCAGAAACAGCAGCGGGUGGAGUCUCACGCCAGGAGGCUGUGUCUAUGAUACCCCCCGUUGUAUUGCAAGUGGAACCACAUCAUAAGGUUUUAGACAUGUGCGCCGCCCCGGGCUCAAAGACAGCUCAGCUUAUUGAAUUUUUACAUGCUGAAGAAGACAAGACUCCCACUGGUUUCGUAAUGGCGAACGAUGUUGACAAUAGUCGUUGUUACAUGUUGGUGCAUCAAGCGAAGCGAUUGAACUCAUCCUGUAUAGUGAUCACCAACCACGAUUCAGCUGUUAUGCCGUCACUGGUUAUAACCGAUGAACAGAACCCAGAAUCAACCAAGCCGUUGAAGUUUGACCGUAUACUCUGUGACGUGCCCUGUUCUGGUGACGGUACACUGAGGAAGAACCCGGAUAUAUGGCUCAAAUGGUCCACCGGUAAUGGAAACAAUUUGCACGGCGUACAAUAUCGGAUACUUCGUCGUGGUUGCGAAUUGCUAGCGGUCGGCGGAAGACUGGUGUACUCUACUUGUUCGUUCAACCCCAUCGAGAACGAAGCUGUCGUGCACCGCCUGCUGCAAGAGUUCGGGGAUUCCGUGCACUUGGUGGAUGUCGCUAAUAUGCUGCCGGGACUUAAAUACCAGAAAGGUAUGACCCACUGGCGGCCGGCGUCCAAGGACAUGGUGUUCUACGACAAGUUUGAAGACGUGCCAGAGAAUUGGAGGACCGUGGUCCGACCACAGAUGUUCCCUCCCAAACCUGAAGACGCUGAGAAGUAUCAUUUAGACAAAUGCAUAAGGAUACUACCCCACCACCAAGAUACGGGUGGAUUUUUCGUAGCCGUAUUCGAAAAGACAGCUCCAUUGCCCUGGGAGAAAGAAUCAAAACCAAAACCUCAGAAUGAAACAGAGAAUGAAAAGAAGGAACCACCGAAGAAGAGGAGAAGAAUGGGUGGUUACAGAGAAGAUCCAUUCGUUUUCUUCUCUGGGGACACAGAAGACGUAUUCCCUUCCAUAAAGGAAUUCUAUGAUCUCGACGAUUCGUUCGAUUCCACGUGUUUGUUAACAAGAUGUCAUGUUGGCAAGAAAAAGAAUAUUUAUUUAGUGUCUCCGAUAGUGAAAGACGUGGUACAGAAGAAUGAAGCCAACAUAAAGAUUAUAAAUACCGGUGUUAAGACGUUCGUGAGAUGCGACAAUAAGAAUAUGACGUGCCCGUUUAGGCUAUCCCAAGAAGGUCUUCAAAGUAUAUCCCCAUACCUCGGUCCGAAACGCCGCGUGAACAUUUUGAAGGAGGACCUAGUAUUGGUCCUCCAGAACGACAACCCGAGCAAUCCGCCGGAUCUAUCGCUGUUCUCAGAACACACGCAGAAUUUAGUGAAAGAUUUCGCGAGCGGCAGCUGCGUGCUGCAGCACCCGGGCUCGCCGCGGCUGGUGCUGGUGGGCUGGCGCGGCGUGCGCUCGCUGCGCGCCUACACGGCGUCCUCCGACACCGUGCACCUGCUGCGCCUGCUGGGCGCCGACUACAGCAAAUAUGAUAUAAAUAAAUUCAAAAAAGAGACCGAAGAGGAUAAUGAAAAGUCCACCACAGAAAUGGCUUCACAAUCUACAAACGAAAAUGAUCUCAAUGACGUUGACAUUAGUGAAGAUAAGAAUAUUGUAAAUGAAAAUAAUACAUGAGGUU